GUAACUUGAGUGAAGAUGAUCAAAACGGGGUCUCAGUCGGCCACCUCGCUGCCACCGGAUACCUUGGACAUCAUCCGCAACAAGACCCACACCCGCCGAGUCAGACUCAACGUCGGGGGCCUUCUCCACGAAGUCCUGUGGAGGACGCUGGACAGGCUUCCCCGCACAAGACUGGGCAAAUUGAGGGACUGCAACACCCACGACUCGAUCUUGGAGAUAUGCGACGACUACAGCUUGGAUGAAAGCGAGUACUUUUUCGACAGACACCCAGGCGCAUUCACCUCCAUCCUGAACUUUUACCGCACCGGGAAGUUGCACAUGAUGGAGGAAAUGUGCGCCCUCUCGUUCAGUCAAGAGCUGGACUUCUGGGGCAUCGACGAGAUCUACCUGGAGUCCUGCUGCCAGGCCAGGUACCACCAGAAAAAGGAGCAGAUGAACGAGGAGCUGAAGAGAGAGGCGGAGAACAUGAAAGAGAUGGUCGGAGAGGAGUUUACAACCACAUGUUGUUCCGAGAAGAGGAAGAAGCUCUGGGACCUCUUGGAAAAACCAAGCUCAUCAUUUGCUGCUAAGAUCCUGGCAAUUAUCUCCAUCCUCUUCAUUGUGUUGUCUACCAUUGCCUUGUCUCUGAACACCCUACCAGAGCUGCAGGACACAGAUGAGUUUGGUCAAUCCACAGACAACCCGCAACUGGCCCAUGUCGAAGCUGUGUGUAUCGCCUGGUUUACCAUGGAGUACCUGCUCCGCUUCCUCUCCUCCCCCAGCAAGUGGAAGUUCUUUAAGGGUCCACUGAAUAUCAUCGACCUGUUGGCCAUCUUGCCCUACUACGUCACUAUCUUCUUGACAGAAUCCAACAAGAGUGUUUUGCAAUUUCAGAACGUCCGCCGUGUGGUUCAGAUUUUCCGGAUCAUGCGGAUCUUGCGUAUUUUGAAGCUGGCUCGUCACUCCACAGGUCUUCAGUCUCUGGGUUUCACUCUCAGGAGGAGUUACAAUGAGCUGGGCCUGCUUAUCCUUUUCUUGGCCAUGGGCAUCAUGAUAUUCUCCAGUCUGGUGUUCUUUGCCGAAAAGGAUGAAGAGGACACCAAGUUCAAAAGCAUCCCAGCUUCUUUCUGGUGGGCUACCAUUACUAUGACAACAGUAGGAUAUGGAGACAUCUACCCAAAAACUUUACUGGGAAAGAUAGUUGGAGGAUUGUGCUGCAUUGCCGGAGUACUGGUGAUAGCCCUGCCUAUCCCCAUUAUUGUGAAUAACUUCUCUGAGUUCUACAAAGAGCAAAAGAGACAAGAGAAAGCCAUCAAAAGAAGAGAGGCUCUGGAGAGGGCUAAGAGAAACGGCAGCAUUGUUUCUAUGAACAUGAAAGAUACAUUUGGCCGCAAUGUAGAGCUCAUGGAUAUAACGGUGGAAAAUAGUGAUGAAAAGAAGGAAACGAUGCAUGAUAAUCAUGUGUCUCCUAGUGUGCAGAAAGGGACACCCAAACUCAAGUCACAGAUGAGCCCCAGCAUCCCCACCAAGACCCUUGAAUCAAGCUACCAAGAGCAGGCCAAGCCCUCUUGCAGCCCUCAUCAUCUUAGCGCACAGAAACUGGAGGAGAUGUACAAUAACAUGGCCAAGACCCAGUCACAUCCCGGCCUCAACAGCAAGGAAAAAAGGCCACCAUCCAAAGCAGUUAGGCAGAGAGCAGAAAUAGAAAUGGGAAGCAUCGCCGCUGAAGCCAUCACAAGCAAAGCAGAAACAGUGGCAGACAUGAGGAGCAUGUCAAGCAUUGACAGCUUCAUCAGCUGCACCACUGACUUCCCUGAGAGCUAUCGCUUUUCCCACAGCCCCGUCAGCAGCAUGCCAGGGAAGGUCAGCACUCACCCCAGCCUAGAGCCAACUUUGGAGAAUGAGCAUGAGGGAUCCCAGGGCACCAAUACACCCCAGACGGGACGAGGCUCCAAGCUCGGCCCGUAUGCUGACAGUCCCAGGGCUCUGCGCUUAAACAAACCGCUCAAAAGCCACUCACUCAAGGUCAACUUCAGAGCUGGGGAGGAUUCAUGGACAGGGGCCCUCUCAGACAGCUCGUCAGUCCAGAGCCCUGAGGUGUCCGUCUAUACAACUGCCAGAAGUAGGACACCCAGCAAGAGCCCGGAGAAUGUAUUGCGCAGCAGCUUCUUCACAUUCCACGAUGCAUCCAUCAAUAAAUUCAUCGACGCGGACACAGAUGAGGAGGAGCACCUGCAUGAUGGUUUGGGCAUCAAUCCAUCCAAAAGACUCCUGGAAAGAGCCAGCCCCAAGUUUGGUCGUCACUCUAGCUUCCAGCAAAGGGACAAUCACAUGGAGGGCCUGCAGAGGAGGCUGGGGAACAGCACACUGCCGGUAGAAGGGCAGGAGAACCAUGUGACUCAGGAACUACAACCACUUCAGGGAGAGAAGAGUCACUCUUACACUUAA